AUGGAGAAGGAUACAGCGUUGGAUGAGGACUUCCCCUUGAAAGAGGACGAACGGCGUAAGCUCAUGUGUCACAACGAUCCUGCUGUCGGUGGUAAUGGAGCAACAGGUUGGUCGGGCGGUCCGUCGACAGUGCAGGAGACAGGUGGGUCGAAGUCCGUUCACGGCUUCGAAGCACGCAAACGACUACGCACGGAGCGAAAGGAGAGGCUAGCACGCUGGCAAAGCAGUAAACCAGGCGAGGAUGCUGACGAUCCAAGGGACGUUGUUGCUAUCGCCUUCGCACAGCGUAAUAUGGGUGACUACAAACUGAAAACUGCUGCAGACUACGUGGUUCCAGAACACCAACGCGUCAAUGCAGUGAAGAAACUACGACAAAUGGCUCUGCUGGAAGAGAGUUUGUAUGCUGCACGCCUGCGCUUCAAUGCCAAAGUGCUUGAACUUCGUGAGUUGAAGGUGCAGUUGAUUAAUGAGCUGCAUCGCGACCAAGAGCGACUAGUCGAGCUCCGUGCCGCACUAGCUUCAGGCGGCGAGAGCGUGUAA